ACCAGUCUGGGUGACCUAUCAAACGGGCAGACUGACUUCCAAAGCUGUAUCCCGCCUUCUCGGUCCAUCCCACAGGCCUGCCUCGGAGCCUCAUCCUCAUCCUCAUCCUUCUCGCUCAAGACAACGACCCAAUCACACGAGAGCAGCCUCAAGGAGCUAGCCUCAUCACAUCGAAGGGGUGCCUCAUCUGCCUCAUCUGCCUCACUAGCCAUCCAUAUCUACACUUCUCCUUCGGCCUCCUACAUCUUGCACACCUUCACACAUCACAGAAUUGCACAUUUGCUUCACACGCCGAUACGCGCUGAUAAUCAGGCACCGAAACACCAAGCCACCAAGCCUGAACGCCCCCCUUCUCCCUUGGCCAUCUUUCCCACCAUCCUUCCCAAUGAGGCGAGACUAGAAAAGUGCAGCUCGGGCUGGACUCGAUCCUAA